AUGAGGGUAGCGCCAGCGGGCCGUCUUGCGGCGCAGUGUAGCUCUGAUAUCAGCAGCACGAAACACGUGAAGCGGAAUUCCACGGAAGACCCUUCUGCUGUACACGCCCAAACGCAGCGCAUUGAGGACGAAGCAUUUUCUUUGAACCGCUGCCGCAUCAGCGGGUUCCGCUGUAGCCACGUUGGGAAAGCACCAGAAUGUGAGCUUGCGCGAUACCAGGUUGGGUUACCUGGGACCUCUCUGUCACCACAGCAUAGCAACGCCCACGGAGCUGAAGGCACCGCACCGUUUCAGCUCCGGUUGUUCGGCCAGAAGCCAGCGCGUAGAUUUGCGGAGAAUUCGCGGACAGCCAUGCUGAACUAUCAAGAGGAAACCACCGCGGUGAGAGAGGACCCUCUGUGCAUUCGACGAGACGUGGCGUCGCACGCGGUGGCAGACCUGGUGGAUGGGAGGGCGGACGACGCGCUGGUGGCAACUCGAGAAACGCGCGGCUUCGCCGUUCUCGCGCGCGCUCUCAACCCUCACCAUCUGCAGACUCGCACAAGGGAGACGGCGUCGCUUACCACCACGGUACCUCUAUCCCGCUAUCCCGCUUCCGAGCGGGCCGUCCACAUCUGCUGCUUCGCGUCGUACAUGCUGCAGUCUCCGUCCAUGACUGUACGCUGUAAUGGAGCGCUGUGCGAGCCGGUCUGCUCGAAAUACACCAAGGAACGGACGGACAGCUCGAACGCGCAUCGGCCUCGCCAGCAACAGGCCGCAGAGGGGGCCCGGGGUUUGCAGAUGAAGUUCUGCUGCCCUUGCCCAUCAGCGGAAUACAGCCGGUAUGCUGAAGGCUGGAAGACGCUAGUACACCGUUUGCAAGCAAUGACCGGCAGAUUGGUCCACUCUCGUAAAGCUCCGCGUAUGAUUGAAGAGGUUGACAAGGAGACGUUUCCACUAGCGGUGGCGCGCGUCCCCGGCGACGGCGGAACGCGUCGUAAAAAGCGGUGGGAUGGCCUGGCGGAACCCGGCGUGGACAUCACGCCUGCGGACGGCUAG